UAGAAGUUCAUCGUUGACGUCGUUGGGGCUCGUGGUGCUUGGAAGGUUCGCGGGAAACGUCCCAAAACAAAUCGGCGCCGAUGGGCACGCGGGCGGCUCCUGUCCUGGUUUGAAGUUGAACGGAACCCACGCGCCGGUGGUUGAGCAGCGCUUUCUGAGCACGUGCUGACACCGACAAGCUUCGCUGAGCGCGCGAGCGAGCAGCAGCUUCAUUGUUGGGAAAGCAGGCAGUUAGCUUAGCGCGGAGGAGACGAGGCGGCCACCCGGUGUUGAGCCCGAGCGGGUCGGAACCAAUGGCGGAGAGGCCGGAGGACUUGAACCUUCCGAACGCGGUCAUCACCCGCAUAAUCAAGGAAGCGCUCCCAGACGGGGUGAACGUGUCCAAAGAAGCUCGGCGAGCCAUCUCCCAGGCAGCCAGCGUGUUCGUGCUGUACGCGACCUCCUGUGCCAAUAAUUUUGCCAUGAAGGCCAAACGGAAAACUCUGAACGCCGGAGACGUGUUGGCGGCCAUGGAGGAGAUGGAGUUCGAACGGUUCCUGGAGCCUCUCAGAGAGGCGCUGGAAGUGUACAAAAAGGGCCAGAAGGGGAAGAAGGAGGUGUCCGAGCAGAAACGCAAAGAGAAGGAGAAGAAGUCUGGCUCAGAGAACGAUAAGAGCAGGGAGGAAGAGGAGGGGGAGGAGGAAGAGCGCAUGGAGGAGGAGCCAGACGUGGAGAACGAAGUGGAGGAAGAGGAGGUGGAGAACUGAGGAGUGGCUGACGAAAUGAGGAAGAGGAGGUGAUGAAGGGGUGCCGACAGCAAGCUGCCGUCUUCCAACCCGACUAACAAACCAUCCCGAUGUUUAUACAAACAGUAAACACUCUGCGUUUGUUUACGUUAAACAAAAACUCAUCCAACACGUCACAUGACCCGACACCUGAACUCAUCACACGACCCGACACCUGAACUCAUCACACGACCCGACACCUGAAAUCAUCACACGACCCGACACCUGAACUCAUCACACGACCCGACACCUGAACUCAUCACACGACCCGACACCUGAACUCAUCACACGACCCGACACCUGAACUCAUCACACGACCCGACACCUGAACUCAUCACACGACCCGACACCUGAAAUCAUCACACGACCCGACACCUGAACUCAUCACACGACCCGACACCUGAAAUCAUCACACGACCCGACACCUGAAAUCAUCACACGACCCGACACCUGAACUCAUCACACGACCCGACACCUGAACUCAUCACACGACCCGACACCUGAACUCAUCACACGACCCGACACCUGAAAUCAUCACACGACCCGACACCUGAACUCAUCACACGACCCGACACCUGAAAUCAUCACACGACCCGACACCUGAAAUCAUCACACGACCCGACACCUGAACUCAUCACACGACCCGACACCUGAACUCAUCACACGACCCGACACCUGAACUCAUCACACGACCCGACACCUGAAAUCAUCACACGACCCGACACCUGAACUCAUCACACGACCCGACACCUGAACUCAUCACACGACCCGACACCUGAAAUCAUCACACGACCCGACACCUGAAAUCAUCACACGACCCGACACCUGAACUCAUCACACGACCCGACACCUGAACUCAUCACACGACCCGACACCUGAAAUCAUCACACGACCCGACACCUGAACUCAUCACACGACCCGACACCUGAACCUGAACUCACCACAUGACCCGACACCUGAAAUCAUCACCUGACCGACACCUGAAAUCAUCACCUGACCGACACCUGAACUCAUCACAUGACCCGACACCUGAACCUGAACUCACCACAUGACCCGACACCUGAACCUGAACUCACCACAUGACCCGACACCUGAACCUGAACUCACCACAUGACCCGACACCUGAAAUCAUCACCUGACCGACACCUGAACUCAUCACCUGACCGACACCUGAACUCAUCACACGACCCGACACCUGAAAUCAUCACAUGACCCGACACCUGAACCUGAACUAAUCACAUGACCCGACACCUGAACUCAUCACCCGACCGACACCUGAAAUCAUCACAUGACCGACACAUGAACUCAUCACACGACCCGACACCUGAACUCAUCACCUGUCUGCGUCACCCGACCGACACCUGAAGUUAAAAACAAAGGACUUAAAUAAUCUGAAGCUUUUUGGUUUGAAUAAAAAUUGAUGCUUUUCUGUUGAACCCAUCAGUACAUUUGACUAGUUAACCAGUGGUAGUUACCACAUCUGACUAGUUAACCCGUCUGCUUUUGUUUUUCUGCUGAGUUUUGGAACCAUUUGUACUUUUGUAGAACUUGUAUAUGAACAUUGAGAAUUUGAAUAAAAGUUUUUUACAUUU